AAUACCCCAACACCUUGGUUCGUAGACCAGGAGUAUUUGCCGACUCGAGCACACCCACCUCAUUCAGCUUCUCCAAAUCCCCCGCAAGAAACUUUAUUACCACCCGACUUGCCACCUCACCUAAAUAAGCUUCACUCCGAACUCUCACGCUCGCCUCAUGUUGAGAGGGGAGGCGUGCAGAUCCGCCCUCCUCCUGCAUCCGAAGCGGGUCCGAGUUUGCCAAGUGCUCUACCUAAAGGAAGGCGACGGAGGGGACGCACAGAUAUCGGUUUAGGAGUCCCAGAUAACGGUGGCACACUCUGGAGAUGGAUUGUGAUUGCUCAGGUGAAAGAGGGUACCGAGAACCGCGGCGCGAUUGAAUCUGUCAUGCGAGUCGUCCGAAAAGCUUUGCUCACGGCCGAGACCCCAGUAGUCCUUCCACCGAAUAAAAAGCGCCGCAUACAGGACGGUUGGGGAAUGCUUGACGCAGGAGAUUUUGCAGUACAUAUUUUGAGUCGCGAUGCUCGAGAAAAGUACUUU